AUGGAUAUAAAAACAGAUAAAAUGUACUUAACUUUAUUUUCAAUAUUUUUUUACACGUUUGCUGGUUCGUGGAUAAUUGCGCCCGUUGAGAGUGCGAACAUUUUAGCUGUAAACACUGUUGCAGCUAAAAGCCACUGGAACUUUAUGAGCUCAAUUCUCCGGGCGUUGGUGGAAAAAGGACACAAUGUCACAGUGUUCACGCCAUUCACCGACGGAAACCGUGAAAACUAUACAGAAGUGUCCACUUUUAAUGAAGAUAUGACAUUUCUAGGAAUGGAUAUCAAAGAUUUGAUGGAUACAUUCGAUGGCCCAAUCAGACUUAUUAGUCAGAUGACAUUGAUGAGUAGAACUAUUUGCGACGACAUUUAUGAAAAUAGUAAAAUGAAAGAAGUGUUAGCUAAUACACGUACCGAUUUCGACAUAGUUAUAAUUGAACCAAUAUUCUCGGAAUGUGUGUCUUACCUCGCCGUCAAGUUGAACUUGCCUCUCAUAUACGUAACAGCGGUACCGACAACGGGUAUAAUGGAACGUAUAUACACUGGAGACAUGUCCAAUCCCGCAGUAGUUUCCAAUAACUUAGCAAAGUUUGGUGUUCCAAAAACAUUCUUCCAGAGAACAAGCAAUCUUGCGAUUUAUAUUUCCUGCACAAUCAUAAGGAUGUAUAAUGAACUGAUUAUGAAGUUCACCGCCCCGAGAGAGUACGAUUUACAUGCAUCCAUCCCACCGUCUUUGGUAUUUGUAAAUAGACAUUUCAUAAUCGAACCGGCAAGUCCAAUCUCGUCAAAUUUUGUUGAAAUAGGUGGAAUACAUUUGAAUUUGAAAGCAACCAAGAAGUUACCAAAAGAUAUAUUAGACUUCAUAGAACAAUCACCUCAUGGUGUUGUUUUUUUCACUUUAGGUUCAACUGUUAAAAUGACUUCAUUACCAGAACACAUCAAAAAAGCAUUGAUUGAUGCACUAGCACAAAUCCCUCAAAGAGUGUUAUGGAAAUAUGAGGAUGAAAUUGAGAAUUUACCAAAAAAUAUUAUGAUCAAAAAAUGGCUACCUCAACAUGAAAUCCUUUUGCACCCGAAUGUGAAACUCUUCAUCAGUCACGGAGGUAUAUCCGGGUUAUAUGAAGCUAUAGACGCCGGUCUUCCAAUUCUUGGAUUUCCUUUAUUUGGUGAUCAGCCCAGAAAUAUAGACAACUUGGUCAAUGCAGGAAUUGCUAUUUCUAUGGAUCUUUUGUCAAUAACAAAGGAUGCGUUCUUAAAAAAUGUCUUAGAACUGCUCAACAAUAAAAAGUAUAUGGAAAAUGCUAAAACUGCUUCGAAAAUAUUCAAAGAUCGGCCUAUGUCACCAGCAAGUCAAGUGGUGUACUGGACAGAGUAUGUCCUACAUCAUAAAGGAGCUCCCCACUUGAGAUCGAACGCAAUGAAUCUAUCGUGGUAUCAAUAUUAUCUCUUGGAUAUCAUUGGUUUAAUAUUAGUUUUUAUUUUUGUCGUGGUGUUUGUUUCCUACAGAGCUUUUAUAUCAAUUUCUAAAUACUUUACAAAAUAUUCUAGAAAUACUAAAUCGAAAACUGAAUAA